AUGGCGCUGUGCUUCUCCGUGAAGGCGGAGCGCGAGCGCACAGAGCUGCGUGAAAUGCUGGAGCUGUCCAACGCGCAGAAGGAGGAGGCCCGCAAGGCCGCCGAGGCCGCCGCGCGCCGCGGCGACGAGCUCGCGCGCCAGCUGGCCGCGCAGCAGCAGGCCGCCGGCGGGCUCGCCGCGCAGCUGCGCGACGCCGGCGCGCGCGAGGCGCGGCUGGCGGCGGGCAACGAGGCGCUGGCCGCGCAGGUGGCGGCGCUGCAGAAGGCGCUCGAGCGCGCGGGCGCGGCGCGGGACGAGCUGGGGGAGCGAGUUGCCGAGCUCUCUGGGGAGCGCAAGCAGGCGGCGGCGGAGGUCAAGCGGCUGACCAAGGACCGCGAUCGGUGA